AUGCUUCGACCACCUCCGCCAUGGAUGCAGGCAUGGCGCCGGAUGGUAGCGGCACUUCGCGGCUACCGGAUUCGACUCUGGGCCGGCCUUUCGACUGCGACUCGACUCGGGUUGCUUCCAGCCGACGGCUACGGCACCCCUCUCGAGGACAAGGAGGACAAGGAGAUCAAGAAGGAGCACUGCAAGCACGACCCCAAGGACAUGCGCCGAUACGGCAACAUGCACGGGUCUUUGGAUUCCCGACCGAGAUCCUCCUUCCUCUCGCUCCUCUGUGCCGCCGCCGUCUUCCAGCAACAUGGUCUUGCCCCACCAGGAACCCAGCCGUUCUCUCCAGAGCAAGGCCAAGCCCAGGCCCUCGACACGUACUACCAGGAGAUCUUUGGCGACGUCGUCGACCACCCCUUCGACUACCAGGAGGAGGCCCACGGACGUCGAGGAGGAUCCUUGGAUGCUCCUGCGGGAGCCCGUGGACAACCAGGAGGACGCGGACCUGGACAGCGAGUUCGAUUGGGCAGCCGUAGAAGGGUGACUGGGACAAUGGACAAAGCAGUGGCGAGCUACGAGAUCGAGCGCAACAUAUAUGAUGCGAUGGGUCAUGCCGGCCAACGACCACCUCCUGCCGUGGACCUCCUGGAGCUCUUCGCCGGCACGGCCAAGCCCACAAAGUUUGCGGCCGAACUUCAACUGCGAGCCCUUCAACCUCUCGACCGCAACACCGGCAACGACCUCUCGGACCCUAAGGUGCAGCGGGAGGUACACAAAGCAAUUCAGAGGACCAAGCCAUGGUUGGUCGUUGCGGGCUACCCCUCUACACUGUACAGCCUCGCCAACGAGAACUUCAACUACCGCGGACAACCUGAGCAACUACGGCAGCUUCGUGACGAUGACCGCCGCAUGCGCAGGUUUGUCUCCGAUUUGUUUCGUGAACAACAUCACCAAGGCCGCUUCUUUCUCCUCGAGAACCCACAGACAAGCCGUUUGUGGCAACAACCAGAAAUCCUGGAGAUUGCGGACCUCCCGGGCGUAUCCUCGGCGGUGUGUCACUUGGGUGCUUUCGGCGCCGAGACUAAGGAUGGCCUUCCUGUACGCAAGCCCCUACGCUUCCUCAGCAAUAUGCCCGAGAUGAUCACCGACCUCAGCCAAAAGCUCUCGGACACCGACCUUCUCUUCUGCGAACCAGUCCGAGGCCGAGCGGCAGCAGACUCACACGAGUACCCCGUCGCCCGCAUCCAGGCAACAUACAUGCCAAUGCAGCGCAGGAUCCCGAUGGACAUUCCACUCACGGCUCGAGGUGCCGCCCUCCUCUACAACGACGGCACCCACAGCAUAGAGGUGGAGGCGCUUGAGAAUGUUCGGUUUCCAAAACAACGGUUUGACAAGCCAGUGCGGAUUGGGAUAUUCGUGUACGGCGACCUCGUGCAAGAGUCUGAGCCUGCCGGCGGCCAGCUGGAGACAUUGCCAAUGUCGGCACUUCCCACGGACAUUCGCUUCGAAGGCUUGUCUCCAGGAACGCCGAUGGAAGUGAAGAGGACCGUGGCACGCCUACACCUGAACAUGGGGCACCCCUCUUCUCAGGAGCUCACUCGGUUGGCCUGUUACCACGGAGGUAACCUGAUCAGUGAGCCGAUCUCUUUGGCGUCGUCUCCUGGUGACACGGCUUAUCGGGCGGAACUCAUGCGUGCUGAGGCCCUCCGGCACCUGUCUGAGUUCGCUGUGGAGCGCGGCAUCAGACGGGCCAUACUUCGCAAAACCAAGGCCACAGCCAUUGCGGACAUAAGCCCAGGGCAACCGUGCGCUUACUGGCGUUGGAGGCGCAAAGGUGUCCACAAGAAAGGCGGCUGGGCCAUGGCUAAGUUCCUUUCGUGGGACCCAGAACAUCCGGGCAAACAAGCCUGGCUCCGGACCGGGCCCACGACUACCUUGGUAUCGGCAGAACAACUUCGAGCCGCAGUUGGGUUCGAGAACUGGGUCCCCUCUCAAGAGGACAUCGCCAUGCUCAAGGACGGCUCACAGUCCCUCAAGGACACAGUUUGGGAUGAUCAAACUGGGCCUGGACCUAAAGAGGAUUACAUCAUGGAUGAGUUUGACAUCGAGGCCCCGGCGCUGGAGUCACUACCACCUACUCCGGUGAUGGUGCCCGGGACCCCU